AUGGAAGUGAAAAGCGCAAAUGUUAAAGUUCCUGAUAAAUGGAGUGGCUAUGAAGGUCGAGAGAUCUUCUGUGACUUAGGUUUCGAUGAGAAGAAUGAAUCGACCUGCGAUUGCUCGGUCUUUCUCUUCUUCUGGGGAAAUGAUGGACCAUUUAAUCUGCCAUUUGACACAGAAUCCCUGCGUCUGGACGCAUUUUUCUUGCGCUUUUCCAUCAGUUUUUGCUGUUCGGCGAUCUCUUCAUUCUCCUUCUCGAUGAGUCUAAUUAAGACGUCCACUCUACGUUUCAAUUCGUUUGGUGUUCUACUCUUGAGCCACCAAUUGAAACGGAACUGCCAUGCCUUCCGCACCUCCAGCUUGAUAUCAUCCCAUCUUCCAUAG